GGAUUGAUGGAUGACCACUUGUCUGUUAUCCACCAAGCAAGACCAUUUCCCCUCUCUUCCUCAGGUCCUGUAUCAGAUAAGGCAGAGAAAUCGUUUGAAAAGAAAAGCCCCCUCUUGGUUCUUCCUUUCCCUCCCUUUCGGCAGCAGGGGGGGCAGCCAUGGCGAAGCCCAUCUCCAUUGAGGUGUGGAACCCCAGCGGCAAGUACCGCGUGGUGAGCACCAAGUCCAUGCCGGGCACGCGAUGGAUCCGCCUGCUCACCGACAACGACUGCCGCCUUGAGAUAUGCACCGAGCAGAAGACCAUCCUCUCAGUGGACGACAUCCUGGCGCUCAUCGGCGAUCGCUGUGACGGCGUGAUUGGACAGCUCACUGAGGACUGGGGGGACGUGCUCUUCUCUGCGCUCAAGCGCGCCGGAGGCACGGCCUUCAGCAACAUGGCCGUCGGCUACAACAACGUCGACGUCGAGGCUGCCAACAGGAACGGAAUCGCCGUCGGCAACACGCCUGGUGUUCUGACGGAGACGACGGCUGAGCUCGCGGCCUCCCUCACGCUGUCGGCAGCCAGGAGGAUCGUCGAGGCCGACCAGUUCAUGAGGGCUGGUCUCUACGACGGAUGGCUCCCACACCUGUUCGUUGGCAACCUGCUCAAGGGGCAGACUGUUGGAGUCAUUGGAGCUGGUCGCAUUGGCUCUGCCUAUGCACGCAUGAUGAUUGAGGGCUUCAAGAUGAAUCUCAUCUACUACGACCUGUAUCAGGCCACACGGCUUGAGAAGUUUGUCACAGCAUAUGGGCAGUUCCUGAAAGCAAAUGGUGAGGAGCCUGUCACCUGGAAGAGGGCCGCCACCAUGGAGGAUGUCCUCAGGGAGGCUGAUGUGAUAAGUCUGCAUCCGGUUCUGGACAAGACCACGUACCAUCUGAUAAACCCUGAAAGGCUGGCCAUCAUGAAGAAGGAGGCUGUUCUUGUGAAUGCAAGCCGAGGGCCCGUGAUCGAUGAAGUCGCCCUGGUGGAGCACCUCAAGGCUAACCCCAUGUUUCGUGUUGGCCUCGACGUCUUUGAGGAUGAGCCUUACAUGAAACCUGGUCUCGCUGACAUGAAGAAUGCCGUCGUUGUGCCGCACAUUGCAUCAGCCUCCAAGUGGACCCGUGAGGGAAUGGCAACACUGACUGCUCUCAACGUUCUUGGUAAGAUCAAGGGUUACCCUGUGUGGGGAAACCCCAAUCAGGUGGAGCCCUUCUUGGACGAGAAUUCGACGCCACCGCGUGCCUGCCCAAGCAUCGUUAAUGCCAAACAGCUUGGCCUGCCAUCGGCAAAGCUUUAGGAGCCAACGCUGACGCUGCCUUGGCUAGUAUCUACUACACGUGUCGUCGUCUCCAGCAGCACAUACACUCCAUGCGUAUGGUUGGCAUUCAUCUUCAGAGCAGCUAGCUCAUCUAGAAUGGAUGGUGUACUGUGCAGAGGGUGCUCCGGACUAGAGAGCUAGAAUGGAUGUACUGUGCAGUCAGGCCUCAUAUAUAAUGGAUUACUACAUAUAUAGAUAGAUGCAGCUUGGGUUCCGGUAUAACAAUAAAAACAAUGCAAGCACAUACGGCUGUAUGUGACUUGAUGCAUGCGUGCAUCUGGAUCCAGCGUACGCCGCUGAUGCAUAUAUUAUGUGAAUUAAUAUAAUGUUAUGUUACAUAAGAUAUAUACAUCUAUCGGAUCCCAAACAUGUGCGUACGUAUCUGGAUUUAGUUUUAUACGAUGAAUAGCAUAUAUAUAUUUGGUA